AUGCGUUCGCAAACAUUAGCGUAUUCCCUAUUUGCGCCAAAGGGCGCGUACUUGACAUUUUCCACUUGAACCGGCCGCAGGGCGUGAUUGUUCAAUCUUUUUGAUCGCCAACUUGCCACACUGCGCAUCCAAGAUAUUCUGUCAACCGAGUCCCAUCCACGUAAUACACUUCCGUCGAGUCGCGUGAAAAUCGCAGGUCAGAUCUACUAUUUGAUCGUUUGCACUACUCUCUUGUCGCCUUGUUGGCAUCGUUCCCACUUUUUCACAUUCACCAUGCCUGUAACUCCGGCAUUGUUCUUGGAGGGUGCGAAGGUAUCACCGGAUAUCUUUAAACUGCGCCCGGACUACCGCGCUUUACUUCUGAUCGUCGAAGGCAUUCCGCAAGGCCCAAGCGAUGCAAAGAGCGAAGCACUCUUACAAGAAGCCGAACUUUCCGCUCGGAGCGCAUUGUCAAAACACGCUGUUACCGAGGUCCCACACGUCGCCGCAUGGCGGGACGCAUAUAAAAGCUUUGGGGCCAAACCGAAGAAAGAGCGGAGCAGCCUCGAAUCCUUGAUGCGGCGCGCAGAGGGCGGCUUACCGCGCGUCAACCGAUUGACCGACAUCUACAACGCAAUUUCGGUCAAGCACCAGAUUCCAUUUGGUGGGGAGGACUUGGACAAGUACAGCGGACUUCCGUUCUUGAUCCGGGCUACCGGCCAGGAGAAAUUCGAGACGUCCGCAGCUGGCGAGAGGGUGACAGAAUAUCCGCCUGCUGGAGAGGUCGUGUGGUGCGACGAUGCAGGAGUCACAUGCCGUCGUUGGAAUUGGCGUCAGUGCUCGCGAACCGGUAUAAGCGACUCAACGACUCGCGUUCUGUUCAUCUUGGAUGCGCUGGAGCCUUGCGAAGAUAGCAGCCUAGAAGCAGCCGCUGAUGAGCUCGUGGCAGUCUUACGCAGUCUAUCGUCAGACGUGAGCGCGUCUCGCCGGCUCAUCCAGGUCUCGUAGACGUAAUUGCGUCUACUGCCUCACUGCGCCUUAGUUGCCUAUUCAAAUAUGUAGAGCAUGUUAGAAGGAAAGCUUAUCAACGACUAUAGCCCACAUGAUCUUUGAUAUUUGUGCUACUAUGUACCCCUAUAAAAGUAUG